AUGGCCAAAGCGACUGUUCCACCUGAGCCUGAGAAUGGAGGGCCUUGCACUGCUAACCGGGACCGCCACAACAAACAGGCCGCUGUAAAGACGUCUUCUACAACGUCGUCACCUGCUCCUCCUGGUGCGUUUGCACAGGACGGUAACGGAGCUUAUCCCUCUCGAUCCCGCCCUGCUUCACCGGCAUCUCCCACCUUGUCGAACACUUCAACCGUCGACGGAGAAGAGGAGAUUGAAUCUUCCCCCGUCCUUCCUUCGCUUCAAGCUCCUCGACUCCCGGAAAGAGCGUUACAAUUCCUGAGGACGCCGCCUCCAGAGGACACUGAAUUUGGCACCGCUAGCUGGGGCUCUCCUUACCCCCAGUCAGACCGCAACCUCCGCCGUGAGAGCUCGGGCAGUGAAGCCUCAGACGAGUCUCUAAUUCAUCAUCUGGACAUUGCGACCCCGUUUCUACGUCCAAUUCCUGAUCUACUCCGAUCACAAUCCGACCCGCAAGGCUCCUCACUGAGUGCCGCCGCUGCCGUUCUUGCAAAUCGUGCCCGCAGGCCGACUCGUGGACUUACCGAGGAUUGGAUUCGCACUCAUACCACUGACGAUCCUAACGAAGAGAGUCGGCAUUGGUUCAGUGACGGAAGUGAAGGCGAGCACUCUUCAUUGAGCGGCUCCGAACCUGGUUGGUUGGAAGACGGCGAACCUCGCACUCCCCGACCUGCACAGAGAACAAUAAACGUUUCCGCGUCUCGAGACGGAUCUAGGCACCAUCCACGGGCCAGAUCUAGCAUCGAGACUCUCAGACCAGGGGAUUCCCUCAGCCCCAAAACGGGACAAAACAGCAGUAUGGCGACCUCCGAAGCCGCGCCAGCAACUCAUGACGCGGCAAGCGACAGGUCUCAGGCCGCCUCCACCCCGGAAGUACCUGUCGCAGAAAGCCCCAAGAAGCGUAUCCCCAGUAUCACUAAGAAUGGGGAGCCUACGCUGCCCUCAACACCGAGGAAGGGCACCGAAAAGCCUCUACCCAAAGAGCCAGCACCAACACCUCGGUUAAAGAAGAAGGUGCCAUGGAGAGGCAAGAAUAUCAUGGUUCUCAUCCCGCGAGACAUGGAACGAGGUCAGCCAGGAAAUGCGCCUAUGCCACUCCGUCAGCAUGAGAUACAGAGGAUGUUUUCAUCGUGGGAAGAGCUUGGAUAUGAUAUUUCAGGCUUUGAUCUGGAAGUUGAGGGUUAUCAAGUCGAGGGCACAGCGGAUUCUCAAACUCGAGAUGCUUGGCCUGAUUUUGAUGAGGUAGCCAAAGAGAGAGAGGAACACAGUUUCAAAGUUACACUUCCCGAUUUAAAUGCUUGGAACAACUAUAUGAAUGAGCUUCAAGAGGCGAAGUUGCGAGCGCUUGGAGUAUCUUUUGGCGAUGACGAGCCCGAUCAACCCUCGCCUGCGGCAACAGAUCUUAGUCGCCAACCCUCCGCUCAGUAUCCUCCUCUCCCUUUCUCCCCUCCUCUCCCAACCUCAUCAGCUUCCAGUGGCCAUGCUCUGCCUGGAUUUCAACCAGGGCAUUUUGCACGAGCGUCAACGCAUAGUCCUGGACUCUCCCACAGGGCCUCGCCACUUUCUUUUUCUGGCUUGCCUGGCAAGUUCAACUCGCGACAGUCAGUAUCCUUCCCUGCAAACAGCUCGCCUUUUGGCUACCAACAGCCCCCGCAGGGUUGGCCUGGUGUUAAUCGCCACGAUUCGCCUUCGAUCGUAGGCAUGAUGUCUCCUCACUCUCCAUUCGGACCAGAGAGCCCUGGCAUUAACCUCCACCAGCGCCACCAGUCCUUGCAGUAUCCUAUGAUGCCCCAUCAACAAUUCUCAUACUUGCAGCCCGCUCGAAACUCUCCUCGCCUACAAGAAGUCCUUGAAGACGAGGAAGAGGCGCCGGUCAAGAGCCCAGCGAAGACACCUGAGCCUCCUCAACAACAAAACACAGACACUCUGCAAGCCGAGAUUGACGAUGCCGAGUAUCACCUCGAAGAGCAGCUCCGCAAUGAGUUGGAACAUGAGGACUACAAUCCGCAGCCUCAAAACGAGCAGCCCGCAAGUCUUCCAGAUCCAUUUGUUCCUGCCCCCGCUCGUCAGGCAUCCGGCCAAUUCCCAGUUCAGGAACGAUUUGCCAAUGAGCAGUCCAAACCUCUGGUCCUGCAUCACCCUCGACCCCACAGUCGUGGCCACUCACUAUCUCAGGGGUACUUCCGUGACCAUAAUGAGAACAGCGUUACAGCUGAUGAAAGCAACCUUACCAAAUUUAGCAGCCUCAACGAAAUUGCCGAGUCUCACAAACCAGAGGAGGCUUAUGAGAUUGAGACCAACCCUAGUAAUCUUGGUACACCUGCCCAGGAGUUUGAUUUCCCUGGAUUUGGUCACCAGAAGAACUUUUCAACAGCUAGCAACCCCUGGAAUGAUGCAAGUUCUGUUGACAGCAGCCGCAAGAUGGACAGGCGCUCGAGCCAUGUUAGCAAACCCUCGUUGUCUAAACUUAAUGUGAAGGCACCUGAGUUCAAGUUCAACCCAGCGAGUUCUUUCACUCCAGGCCAGUUCGAUUUCGGCAGCAAGAGCAACACCUUUCAACCUGGUGCUAGCGCCUUCGAACCCACUGCUAAUAGCUUUGAGCCCACUGCCAGUGCCUUCAAGCCUGGUGUCGGAACCUUUCAACCCGGUGCCAGCAGCUUCCAACCUGGCGCAGGUACCUUCAGACCUGGUGCUAGCAGCUUCCAGCCAACUGCGAGUACCUUUGAGCCUAUGGCCGCUACCUUCCGGCCUACUAUCAGCACCUUUGACCCAAACAAUUUCCAGGCUGCUAGCUUUGAGCCUCCUGGUUUCCAACCUGCAGUCUACCAGGCCAAUACCAGCUUCCCUGAUACGAACAGGCUCAGCUCCCCUCCUGUGAAGCAGCCUUCAUUUGUGACACCGGCGAAGAUUAACGCUGCUGCGCCGUCUUUCUCCCCAGGUGAUAGUACUUUCAGCUUCUCAACCUCAGGUCCCAAAUUCAACGUUGCCGCACCUGAAUUUACACCUCAUUCCGAUUCAUUUGUUAGUCCAGUCAGUCAGGGCCAACGCGGUAGCAUCUUUGGAAGCAUUGAUGUUAGCUCGGACGACAUGCUGUCAAACAAGAAGUCAAAGGCUGUCCCGAUUGUCAGACCAUCCAGUCAAUCGUCUGCCAAAUCCGAAGAGCCCGAGCAGCAGUAUGAUUCUGAGGGUCGUGCUUUGGCUGAUGAGAAUAGAGUCAAGCGUGCACGUAGCUCUGCACCUGGUGGUGAUGAUGUACCAUUGUUUGCAGAGCAGCCUGCUCAAGACGAUGUUUCAGCACAAGAAACUCAGCAGACUACACAAGACGAGCACCUGCCUGCUGAUACCUCAAUGUCAUCCAUCGUCACUUCAGAUCAGGUAGAUACCAAGGCCACUACCGCUGCUCCCUCUGCAGCGCCUUCUGUUACCUCACCGAACGAGAACAACAACUGGAAGCCUUUCGAGUUUGAAUCUAACCAGGACAUUCAAAGCUUCAACGACGCCCGACCGUUUGGAGAAGAUGACUUCAAACAUGGCCACAAGAAGAGCCUGUCUGCCACUGCUGAGCCCUUCCAGCCUGGAGCGAGCUCUUUGGGCGAGGCUACCCCUCCCACUGAACAAGAGGAGGAAUCCGACCCAUCUCCUGUGGCCAGCCCGGUACCUGCUCGUCCUGCAUCUGGCCUGGGUGCUUCUCGAUUUAGCACCAAUCAGCCUCAACCAAGGACGGUUUCCAAGGGGCUGGGUGCCUCUCGGUUUGCUGAUCUUCCCAAAUCUGUUAAGGGUUUGGCGGCAUCUCGCUUCGCCAAGAGUCCUACUCCCGAAGAGAAGCCCCUUCCCGCCCUUCCUCUGGAGGAUGGUGUUGUUGAGUCAGUCGAGUCUGACUUUGCGCCCGAACUCUCAGCUACUGUGACGCACCCUGCUGGUCGUGGUAUUAACGAGCCUACUUUCGAGGAGAUUGAUGCCGUUAUGGACCAAUUCUUUGACGAUCCUACAAUGGGCGUUAACAAAACACUGGAGGCUUCCCAGUGGCAACAGAACAGCCCCAUUCGCAAUUUAUCGACUAUUGCCAACUCUUCCCCCUACAAGCUAGACCCUGCGUCCGACCAUCACGCCCGUGACGAGGCCAGUUUGACCCCUCGGGAUUACCACCAGCUUCCUCGGACCUCUGUUCAGCCUAUGCCUAGUACGGAACUCGAGGAUCCUUUCAUCGACCCGCCCGAGAUACUCAACGCUGCCGAUGGUGCUGUUGAUGGCGAAAGUCUACCAGCUAGUGACUGGGAGGCUGCCUUUACUGAGGAUGAACAUGACAAGUUGGAAAACCGAGCACAAUUCUUUGAUGGGCGUGUCAAUGAAGUUGUGGGCACUUUGCUGGCAUCUCGUCUCGAACCGUUGGAGAAGACCUUGUUUUCUAUCCAGCAGGUUCUUGCGACCCGCGCUCGACGCACACCUUCCUCCCGGCGCGAUAUGCGUAGCGUUUCUGCCGAACUUCAACAGAGCGAUGCUGACGACGAGGAUGAGGAGCCUAUUUUCCGUCGUUCUAUCAGUCCCCGACGAGACCGACGUCUGGAUCAGAUCCGAAUCGCAGUCAUGGAGGGUCUUCAGGCUCAGCAGCGUAACAAAAUUGAAGCGUCACCCACUCCUGGCCCAGCUUCGUCAGAAAGCCCUUCCGCAGCUAUUCUUGAGGCCCUUGAGGGACUGAAGCAGCAGUUUAGCAGCAAUGCUAAUCGUGAUGAUGGUUUGAAGCAGAUGAUCCAGCAAGUUGUCGAUGCUCGUGUGCACACUGGCCCCAAGACCGAUGAAGCGGAGAAUCCCAAGCUCGCCGAGCUUCAGCAGAAGGUUACUGAUCUUGAGCAGCGCCUCUACUUUGAGCAGACUAAGGUCGAGAACGAGGUUUCUGAGCGACGCGCGGCUGAAGACUUGGCUGCUGAGCUGAACCGCAAGCUUCAGACGGCUGAGACACGCAUUGAAGUCGAAAUCAUCAACCGCAGCGUUUUCGAUCAGCGUGUGGUCGACCUUGAGGAGAGACUUAGGACAGCCGAAGAGGUCAGCGAAGAAGCUGUCAAUGCCCGUCGUGCUGCUGAAGACAAACUUACCGAAGCUCGUGUCCACCGUGAGACUGCUGCCGAAGAGCUGGUCCGUCUCCGUGAACUUGUUGAGCAUAGAGACCAUAAGCUUCGGUCUUUGGAGCAGGCCAACAGCAAGAGCGCUAUGCGCAUUGCCCUUCUAGAGGCUGCCCAGAACAAUGCCACUCAGGCUCAGCACGAGGCUAUUGCCAAGUGCAAGGGCAUGGAAGUCGAACUUAAGGAUGUUCGUCAAGACAACCAUCACUGGCGUGCGGAGGCUGAGCGAUAUGACGAAUCUUCGCGACAAAAGGGUGCUUCGCUGACUCGCGCUCUUGAAGACAACCAGCAUAUGCAUAAGUCUCUCACUACUCUCGCUACCCAGCUUGAGGAGAACGAACGUGUUCGCGAAAUGUGGCGCAGCAAGUUUAUAUCUCUUCAGGAGGAUAUGGGCAGAGCAGCACGCGAGAUUGCUGAAGAUAACGCUCGCCGUAUCCAAAAGGACCAGGCUAUGCUUGCUCGACAUGAAGUCCUGGACGCUCGUCUACAGGCUGAGGCUAAGACCCGCGAGCGCCUUGAGAUCGAGAUGGAACGUCUGCAAUCCAAUGAGCGAGCCGGCAUGCGCGCAACUAAUGAAUGCGCCCGCCUUGAGGGCGUCAUUGGCGAGCUAAAAACUGAGAACCUCAAGCUCGAGCAGAAAGCAAUGCGGCAUCAACGCGAAUUCGAGGAGGCCCGUGAGUCUGGUCUCAGUGAAGUCAAGAGAACUCGCAUGGCAUUGCAGACCGAGAUCGAUGCCGCCAAUAACCAAGUCAACUACAUCCGUGAGGAGCUUGAAGAGCACAACUCCAAGCUUCGUGCCGAGCUUGACAAUGUUAGACUUGAGGUUGAUACCGCCAAGGCCCAGAACGAGAUGUUUCUUGAGGAGGCUGAGAAUAGUAAGAUGGCUGAGGUUGGGGAGCUUACUCGCAAGCACCAGAAUGAGAUCGAAGAUCUUCAGACACGAUAUGAGCGACGAGUCCACAACGCUCAGGAGGACGCUCACAAAACUGAGCAACAUCUCUUGGAGCGCCUCAGCUUAUCUGCUUCCAAGACCGAGCAUCUUCAGGAUCGUAUACUUCAUCUCGAAGACAAGCUUGAAAUCGCCAAACAGGCGGCCCAGGCUGCCGCUCAGGCUGCCAAAUCUGCAGGAGCCGACAUCAACGUUCCUAUUGCUCAGCCAAGACAGCCUUCGCGAGACCUUGAACCCCCUGGAAGAAUUUCUCCCCAGGCUCUUCGCGAAUCCAUUAUGGUUCUCCAGGAGCAACUACAAGCUCGCGAACAACGCAUCGAGGAGUUGGAACAGUCGCUGUCCAGUACCGAUCCUGACGCCUCCACGAAGAUCACUAAGCGCGAUGACGAAAUUACUUGGCUGCGCGAGCUUCUUGCUGUCAGGCACGAGAACCUACAGGACAUUAUCGUCGCCCUUCAAAGUGAUCGUUUCGAUCGCGACGCGGUGAAGGAUGCCGCGAUCAGACUGAAGGCAAACCUCCAGAUGGAAGAACAAGAGCGAGAGAGGGCUAUGAAUGGCGGCUCUGCCAUCAACCUACCUAACAUUGCUCAGACAAUUCAGAACGCUUCACCUCGCGUGGCACAAACAAUCGGCCCACUGGCAGCUGCUUGGGGUAACUGGCGAAAGGGCAACCGCAGCCAGCCCUCACUCGGCAGCCUCUCUGGGGUCCUCAACUCCCCAGCGCCUCGACGAAACGCUACCCCAUCACGUAGCAACUCGACUUCCCAGAAUAACCCUCUGGGUGGUCUCAUGACACCUCCUGCUUCUGGGUUGCGUCAAACACCACCAGUAGACAGCAAGCCCCAACCCACCGCCUUUGCCAGUACUGGACGUCGCUUUCCAUCGCAAAGCCACGUCCCUAGUCGAGCACGUGGAGCUUCCAAUACCUCGCACCGAGCGGAGCAAGCUGUCAUCACGCCGCCGCCUGUAGAGUCCGAGGAUGAGCCUAUGACUCCUCCAAUGAUGCGAACGAGCGGUUACGACUCGGAUGCACAGCCCGGAGAUUUCGAUGAUAACGACUUCUUCGAGGAUUAA